UACACAAGCAAGCGGAAGGUGAAUUUUAUAAUAGGAGCGUUUCACAACUUUUACAUCAAUUCGAACGCUCAGCACAUGCGUUCGUGAAAGUAAUUCUAUUUUAUUCCUUUGGCUGGUGAUACAAUAAAAAUUGUCAACCUGAAAUCAUAGAAUAGAAUAAAUCAUAAUUGACGUCCACGCCUCACCUUCCAUUUCUGAGACAAAAGCAUCAAAUUGCCUACAUUUGGUUCGACUGACAUCAGGAGACGAAAGAACAUUUAUCGCUUUGGGCUGAAUAACACAGAACACCAAAGGAAUGUCGGCAUGUUUGCGUUGACAGCGUAAAUAUCAAUCGAGAGCAGAGAGAGCGAGCGCGUCAGAUUUUCAACAACUACAGCGCGCGAAUUUUCAGACGUUGAAUUCUUCAAGUGGAGGAGGACACAAAAAGGAGUUUGUCGUGGCCAUGGAGUUGAAUUCAGUGCUUUUGACGGCGGGUGGCUCUAUUGGAUUUUUUAAACUUGUCAACUGUGGUGUCAGUAAACUCCCUAGACCGGAGUCUGCUUGCAGAAACGCCUGGAAAUGGAGAAAUAUCUGCACAUCUUUCACCCACAGUCUGAUAACUGGGAUAUGGGCUGUGCUAUGUUUUUUCUUACACCCACAGAUGGCCGAAGAUUUGAUAGGAACCCAUUCUGUGUUCUCGCACGCGUUGGUUUCUGUAUCAAUUGGCUACUUCAUCUAUGACUUCCUUGAUAUGGUACUCAACCAGAAGAUGAUCCUGUCAUGGGAGCUCCUAUUCCAUCACACAGUGGUGAUCAGCUGUUUUGGCAUCGCCGUCCUGACUGGUCGCUACGUGGGCUUUGCUGUGGUGGCCCUCCUGGUUGAGAUCAACUCUGUGUUCCUCCACCUGCGCCAGAUCUUACGCAUGGCCAACCUAGUGGCGGGCGACCUCUACCGCAUCAACAGCAUGGUCAACCUAGGUACCUACGUGGUGUUCCGGAUCAACACCCUGGCCUGGAUGACCCGCUGGCUGGUCCUGAACCGGGACAACAUCCCCCUGUUCAGCUACACAGUGGGGAGUAUAGGGCUAGCCAUCAUGACUGCCAUGAAUAUAGUGCUGUUCUACCGCCUGCUGAGGUCUGACUUCCUCAAGAGUAGUGCACCUACGCCCACGGAGGGUAAAGAGAGUAGAGGGUCCACACAGUCACCAUAACAACCGAGAGAGAAAGCUGUUCCCACGCCCACCAGCUAAUGACAUCACUAAUGACUCCCAGCCCCACAGGCCAUUUGGCUGGCAUCUGAUGACUCACAUGGGGUGGUGGUCUUUGAAGUGUCAUUACACAGUUGGCCUGAAGGAGGCAGCACACUCCUUAGAUUCUAAUCUAGGUCAGGGAUGGGCAACUGAUCCAGGAUCAGUACACAUGUCCCAUAUCCUUCCUUACAGUCUGUAAGGAAGGAUCAGUUCACAUUUCCCAUUUCCUUCCUUACGGUAAGGAAGGAGAUGGGACAGGUGAAAUGAUCCUGGAUCUGUGCCUAAAAGGGCAACUUCUACCUAGAGCAGUCCUCAGCGGCCUGAUUGGUGUAACACUUUUGCCCCAGCUAACACGCCUGACUCCAGUAAUCACCUAAUCAUGAUCUUCAGUUUAGAAUGCAAUUAGUUUAAUCAGCUGUGUUUGCUAGGGAUGGGGGGAAAAGUGUGACAUCACUCCGGCGCUUCGGUAAUAUUGCGCUGAAGAUUUUAUAACAAGAUGUAUUUCUAUGUUUUGUCCCAGUUUUUAUUUUAUUUGUAUAUUUGUAAUUUAUUUGUGCUCGAAAAAAGUUGUGGAUUAAUUGUCAAGGAUGAAUUAAAUUAUAAAUAUGGUUAAUGAACACAGUUAUCCCUUUGAAUAAUAUUGUAUAUACCUUUAGAAGGAUUGUUAGUUAUAUUGGAGAUAUAUGGAUUGAUAGUGGUAUUACAUUUUACAUUUUAGUCAUUUAGCAGACACUCUUAUCCAGAGCGACUUACAGUUAG